UAAAUUGAGUGGUCACAUCAAUCACAGCACUCAUCUCCAUCUGUAUCUCCAUCUGUAUCUGAGUAUCUCCGCCACCGUCAGAUAUUAUUCUUUCGUCGAUCUGUACACCGCAUUCUUUGCCGGAGAUUGCCAGCCCGUCGACGCCGGAACCCCGAUUCCGACUGGCCGCGAUGGACGAUUACUUGAAUCUGUUCGUGGAAGAAUCAUCAUGGUACAACGACAUCGUUCUCGGAUCGACGCUGCCGGAAAAGUGGUGGGUCCAACUCCCUCACUUCUACCAAAGCUGGCUCCGGAACUACAUCGGCGGCACCUUGCUCUAUUUUAUAUCUGGUUUCUUAUGGUGUUUUUACAUUUACUUCUUGAAGCGCAACGUCUAUGUCCCUAAAGAUGAGAUUCCUUCGAACAAAGCCAUGCUUUUGCAGAUAGGAGUUGCCAUGAAAGCAAUGCCGUGGUACUGUGCUCUCCCAUCGAUCUCGGAAUACAUGGUUGAACAAGGAUGGACUAAAUGCUUUUCGAGGAUAAGCGAUGUUGGUUUGGCAGCUUACCUUUUAUAUCUGUGUAUCUAUCUUAUAAUUGUGGAGUUCGGAAUUUACUGGAUGCACAGGGAGUUACAUGACAUAAAGCCGCUCUAUAAGUAUCUUCAUGUCACACACCACAUCUACAACAAGCAGAAUACUCUUUCUCCGUUUGCUGGUCUGGCUUUCCACCCACUGGACGGCAUACUGCAGGCGCUGCCCCAUGUCAUAGUUCUCUUCAUCGUGCCAAUGCAUUACACAACUCACGUUGCUCUAUUGUUCAUAGAGGCUGUAUGGACUGCCAACAUUCACGACUGCAUACACGGCAAGAUAUGGCCUGUCAUGGGUGCGGGUUACCAUACCAUUCAUCACACCACAUAUCGUCAUAAUUAUGGCCACUACACCGUGUGGAUGGACUGGAUGUUUGGAACUCUCCGUGAUCCAAUGGAAGACAAAGCCAAGAAGAUGUAAACCGCGCUCAUGGUUCGCAACUUUCCUCUCUCGUAUGUGCUUCAGAUGUAUUUACAUGUUGUCAUGUUUCCAAUCUUAAGUUUCUUCUAAAGAAAAUUGAGUGCAAGAACAAACAGACAGGUUAGUUCUUUCCCCUCCCAAAGCACUUGGCUGUUAUGAAUUGGAAUCAAAUGCUAUAAUGCUUUUUAGAUCCAUUUUCUGUGUGUAAAGCUAAGGUCAGUUAGAACAUUGCGUUGGCAGCCAUUUUAUCUGAAGAUAAGUGCUUAACCA